AUGGAGGAAUUGAUGAAACAUCCCAUCAACUUUUCAUCCUCCGAAGCACCAGAUAGUGGAAGAAACCAUAAUGAUUCUCUAGUGGUCACGAUGGCUAUUGCACUGCCCGAACACGAAGAGGAAGAAGAGAAGCCAAAAUCAGUUCCAUGGGCACUGCCUAAAAUAUUGAUCGAUGGCGGAAGCUCUGUCGAAAUCUUAUUAUAUGAAACGUUUAAGAAGAUUGGCUUGAAAGAAAAAUGCCUCAUACCAUCCACGUAUAAUAUCUUUGAUUUCAAUGGAUCGUCAACCUUUCCUAGAGGCGAAGUGACUCUAGAGAUUAGUGUAGGGAAAAUACUGACCUCGACUACCUUCUGUGUAGUAACUGUAGUUUCACCUUCUACCUCUAUUCUCGGGCGAUCCUGGGUUCAUGGAAUUAAAGGAUUCGCGUCAACUUACCAUCAGAGGUUAAGGUUCCCAACCCCCAAUGGGAUCGUAGAGAUCAUAGGAGAUUCCGGCGAAGCGAAGUAUUGUUACGACAUGGAUGUGCGAAAUGGUGAAAAUAAGGUCAAUUUACCAAAAAAGGGGAAGAAAAGAGCUAAAAACGCUAAAAGUCAGGAGGAGAUUGAUACUUAUAUUGCAUAA